GUAUGAGACAGAGGUUGUAGACAAGAAAAGAGCAGGGGAAGUCUGACCAAAGUGUUCGGCCUCUUCCUGCCUGACAAGCAGCUCAGGAAGUUGAGGCAGACACAGAAGGGGAGGGCUGACACAGAGAAACAUAUUUUCCCUUUGCCUUUUAGUUUUUCCUUAUUCAGUCCUGCUCCGAUCAACAGGAGGAAGAAAAAGGGGGGGCAGAGAGGAGGCGGAGUUUUCAAUGGAGCUGAGAGAGACACAGAGUGAUCAGUCGGACCCUCAAUCUGUGGAAAUAUGAUGGAAGCCAGCGUUAUUUCCAAGGACACAGGUCACACAAGCCCUCUGACGGGAGCACUUGACACUACAUCCAUCCCCUCUAUUGCCUCCAUCCCUCCAUCUUCUUCCAUCUCUCCACCUUCCCUGCCCUCCUCCCACCCUCCGGCCCGGCCAUGUCGCCCCAAACCGCCGCCUCCUACGGCGAAGCCCUCCCAGCUCCCCUCUUGUCCUCCUCUACCGCCGUCCACUCCUCCAUCCCUCCCUCCUCCUCUCCCUCCUGUCUCCAAAGCUCCCCUCCCUCAGUCUUCCAAUCCUCCCUCUGUUCCUCCCCCUCUCUCCUUCAACCCUCCUCCCCCAUCCCUUCCUCCUCCUCUCUCCCCUACUCCAGCCUCUCCUUCUCCCCUGCUUGCUCUCCAACCAACUGUCUCCUCUGAUCCUACCCCUUCUUUUACUCCUCUUCCUCCUCCAUUAUCUCCGACAAUCUCACACUCCUCCUCCUCAUCACUUCCUCCACCACCUUCCCCUGUCGUCCCACCAUCCUCUCCAACUCCUCCAUUGCUGAAUCCUAUAGAUCAGCUGGUUGGGAGCGCUUCGGUAUGGCAGCCCAAAGGACUCAGCCAAGACCAGACCACAAGUUUAAUGGAAAAAGAGACGGCUGGGGUGUUCCUGGUUCACAGCAAAGAGGACAUGGGCAUGACACUGUCAGUACGCCUGCCCGAUGAACAGGGGGAGCCACUUGUACAGAACCUGAUGGUCAAACAACACAAGACAUUUGUCCACUUAGAUGGUUCCUAUCUGGUUUUUGAUGACAUCUUCAAACUGAUCUCUUUCUACUGUGUCAGCAGGGACAUCCUGGCCAUCCCACUGAGGUUACCUCAGGCCAUUACCACGGCAACUAAGAGAGAGGAACUGGAGGUCAUCUCUGCUAUGGGUACAGGUAGAUAAAUCUGCAUCAUUAAGUGCAUUGAAGUUGGGUCAAUGCUGUAGCAAAGAGCAGGAUACCGCAAUAAAAGAUAGAAGAUAAUAUGAAUUGCAUCAAUAACACUAUUAGCAGAAAGGUUUCAAAGAAAAUAUAUAUGAAGGACAGCAUGUCUGAAAACAUACAGACACAGAAUGAAUGUACACUUGGAACACAAGAUGGAAAGUAUCAGAGGCAAGAGACAAACAAUGUGAAAUAUUUAACAAAAGAGACAACAGCAUGAAUAGCUAGCACAUACAGUAUAUAUGAUGUGUAAUGUAUACCACUCUCUUCUGUUAAAUCUGAAGCUACAGCCAGGAGAUGAUUAGCUUAGCUUAGCAUAAACACUAAAAGCAUGGGGUAACUAGCUAGAGUGGCUCUGUCCUAAGGUAAUAAAAUCCACCUACCAGCACCUCUAACCACUCACUAACGAACACCAUAUAUCUAUAUAUAUAAAGUGUAAAUGUGUGGUUUGUGGGGGGUUAUGUGCAGGACUAUUUCUCAGCCCACUGUAGUGACUUCCCCUGGUCUCCACAGUUAGCCUGGCAACCUCACAAUGACAACAAUACUCCAGGAAGUCUCUGCACCGGGUCAGAGGGGUUUCAGAAAGGAGAUGGUUAACUGAAGAGUCAUUUCAGUCUCUCUUUUAAUUAUUAGAAUUUGAUCCAUUCAGUUAGCAGGAAUUAAAGGGGAACUUGGCAACUUUUUCAGCUUAAUAAACCCGUUUAGAAAUCAUUU